AGCGUUCACAAUGCUUCUGCUACCGUGCUGGCAAGCAUCUAAUAGCAAAUGCUCGUUUGAGGCGUUUGAGUGCCGAGACCUUUGGACCCGGUCUUUGGUGAAGAGGCCUAACACGUCCACAUCUCACACGAUGUCUCAACGAACACUCAGACGUGUUUUCCUUCCUCACAGGAAGCCUUCAUCAUCAGGAGGCAUCCUUUGAAUCACCAUUUUCAUCGUUGUGUCACACUUGGUCAACUCAACUACUUGAAG